GAACUGCCCCUGGGUAUCCUUUUAAUUGGGAUUGGGAUUGGCUGUGGGAUUGGGGGAUCUUGCCUCCAAAUCCCUGUAGUGGUAGUAGUGGUCCGGUGUGGAUUAGCUGAACAGCAUCCUCCUCAGUCAGUCCUCACCUGUGAGGUGGGGUGAGGCGUGAGAGGCGCUGUCAUUGGCUAUCUUCCCCUCACCCCUGCAUUGUGAAACUACAGUAUUACACAGAGAGAGAGAGGGGACGUAUACAUAGCAAUGACGAAGGAGGAUGCUGUAGUCCGGAAAAGUACUGCAGUGAGAUUGGCCGGUGUGUUGACUUGAGGUGAGCUAGAUAAAUACUUGUUUUAAAAGGCAGUGUGUCAGAUGAGCCCCAGCCAAGUUGAGCUCCAGUGCAGCCCAGUAGAACUACACUAACUCACAGCUGUGGUCCUUCUCCGCAGUUCAUUUAGCUCGAGUGUAUAGGGGAAGGAAUGCUUGCUUACACUGCCUGGCUGUAGCUCAGUGGAACCUCUCCAUCACUGAAAUUACAUAACUUUGCUGUAAGGCAGCCUAAAAGACGUUGGAAGUGAACCUCGCCCCCUGUUUUAACCAGCACCCCAAACACUCCUCUGCCUUCUCUUGGACAUCCUUCACACUCCAUCGCUGUCGUUUUGUUCUCUCCGGAGAAAUAAAGAGAGCCCUGCUCUCUGAGACACUUUUCUCUUCGCAAUCCUCCUCCACCUCCUCCUCCUCCUCCUCCUCUUCCUCACCAUCUCUCGGCUCUCUAUCCAACACUCUAUCCCACCGAGAGGAUGGGUGUGAAGAUGGACCUCCAGACCGUGGUGCUGCUGCCCGUGCACCUGCUGGUGUGGCUCUACUCCGUGCUCAGCUUCCUCCCCUGGUACUUCCUCACGGGCGCCCAGGAGAAGAAGGCCCUGGCCAGGCGCACCAAGGCCAAGUCCACCUCAGGCCGGCCGGAGGGGCCCUACCGCUCCACGGACUGCUUCAACAACCUGGCUCAGAUGGACUUUGAGGGGAAAGACACGCUGGAUAAGCUGUUUAAUCACGCCGUGGAGCGCUUCGGACCCAACCAGUGCCUGGGAACCCGGGCCGUGCUCAGCGAGGAGAACGAGAAGCAGCCCAGUGGCAAGGUUUUUAAAAAGCUCAUUCUGGGAGAUUACAAAUGGAUCACCUACCAUGAAAUGGACGUCAUCGUGAGUCACUUUGGCAGUGGCUUAGCGGCGCUGGGGCAGCAGCCCAAGUGUACCAUAGCCAUUUUUUGUGAGACGCGGGCCGAGUGGAUGAUCACGGCCCAGACGUGCUUCAGAUUCAAUUUUCCAUUGGUGACGUUCUACGCUACGCUGGGAGAGGAGGCCGUGGCCUUUGGCCUGAAUGAGUGCGGCGUGACUCACUUGGUGACGAGCUCAGAGCUGCUAGAGGCCAAACUCAAGAACGUGCUGCCACAGAUCCCUAACCUGAAGCACAUCAUCUAUGUGGACAGCAGGAAGGUCAGCAGGGAGGGCUACCCGGAGGGCCUGCAGCUCCACAGCAUGGAUGACGUGCAGAGCCUUGGAGCCAUGCCCGACCACUUGAACCGUGAGAUUGUGAAGCCCACACCGUCGGACCUGGCGGUGAUCAUGUACACCAGUGGCUCCACGGGGCGGCCCAAAGGGGUCAUGAUCGUACACAGCAACCUGAUCGCCGGCAUGACGGGCCAGUGCGAAAGAAUACCCGGCCUGGGGCCAAUGGACACGUAUAUUGCCUAUCUCCCCCUGGCCCACGUCCUGGAGAUGACUGCGGAGAUCUCCUGUGUGACUUACGGCUGCAGGAUCGGCUACUCCUCCCCCCAGACCCUCUCUGACCAGUCCACAAAGAUCAAAAAGGGCAGUAAAGGAGACUGCUCGGUGCUCAAGCCCACACUCAUGGCAGCUGUUCCGGAAAUAAUGGACCGCAUUAACAAAAAUGUGAUGAGUAAGGUCCAGGAGAUGAACUGUGUGCAGAGGACCCUCUUCAAGCUGGCCUACAACUACAAGCUGGAGCAGAUCAAGAGGGGCUACGAUGCUCCCUUAUGCAACGCGCUGUUUAAGAAGGUGCGUUCCCUGCUGGGGGGUAAUGUGCGGAUGAUGCUGUCUGGCGGCGCCCCGCUGUCCUCCGUCACCCAGCGCUUCAUGAACAUCUGCUUCUGCUGUCCCGUGGGCCAGGGCUACGGCCUCACAGAGACCUGCGGGGCCGGCACCAUCACCGAGGUGGCUGACUACAGUACAGGCCGAGUGGGAGCGCCUCUAAUCUGCUGUGAGAUCAAACUAAGGGACUGGGCCGAGGGCGGUUACACGAGGCAGGACAAGCCGCACCCGCGAGGGGAGAUCCUGAUCGGUGGCCCUAACGUAACGCAGGGCUACUACAGGAAAGACGGCAGCAUUAACGACGACUUCUUUGCAGACGAGAACGGCCAGCGCUGGUUUUGCACAGGAGAUGUAGGAGAGAUCCAUGCGGAUGGUUGCCUACAGAUAGUGGACCGUAAAAAGGACCUUGUCAAAUUGCAAGCUGGAGAGUACGUCUCGCUGGGCAAAGUGGAGUCCGCCCUGAAGAGCUGUCCUCUCAUUGACAACAUCUGCGCCUACGCAAACAGUGAUCAGAACUACGUGAUCAGCUUCGUGGUGCCCAACCAGAAGACGCUGACGACCAUGGCCGGCCUGAAGGGCAUCACGGGCACGUGGGAGGAGAUCUGCCUCCAUCCCCUCAUGGAGAUGGAGGUCCUGCGAGCCAUUAAAGAAGUCGCCGCAUCAUCAAAACUCCAGCGCUUUGAGAUCCCGGUGAAGGUCCACCUGAGCCCCGACCCGUGGACGCCAGAGACAGGGCUGGUCACCGACGCCUUCAAGCUGAAGAGGAAGGAGCUGAAGAACCACUAUCUCCACGCCAUCGAGCGAAUGUACGGGCGAAAGUAGGACCCGACCAGCACACUCCAGCCAAAGCCAACAACUACAACACUUCACCAUUCCACUCACUGUCACACACUCUCAAUGUGCAUCAGAUCAUCUUCAAGUCCGCUUAAAGAGAUCUCCAGUCCUACCAUACAGUACGUUGCUUCAAGUUAGCAUAGUAGAGCACACGCAAAUGCACACGUUGAAGUGAUAAGUCCUGUAGAUUUGUUUUUCGAUGUUUUGUUUGAUUUUUUCUUUCUCGUCCAUUUCUUACUGUUUUGUUCAAAGUAAGGAGCUUUUGUUGACCGUUCCAACAUGGCGUGAUGUCAGUGGAAUUGUUAUUAUUGGAACUGUAAAAAUGUUGAUGGCCCGACCACAUUGCACCUGAUGGAUUGAGAAGAUGCAGCUUUAUGAAAAACCAGAUCACCUCUCUCAAAAAUGAAGUUCAAGCAUACAACAGCAAGAAACUGCCAUACAUCUUUCUACGCAUCUUUUUGUAACUAUUGUCCUAAAUUAUCCAUAUGACUUGUAUUUAUUUGCAACCAUUGUUAAGCACUUAUUCGUAUAAGCUUCAACCAGUUGUUCAAAACAGCAGACUCCUCAGGGGAGUUUGCCGCAUCAGUAAAGUUUAUGGUAGUUGUUCAGUCCCUCCUGGUUGCCGAUUGUACAAAGCAGUGUCACCGUGCCUUUAGAGAGAUCUGUUGUUUUGUGACAAACUAUUUGUCUUGACGCAAGUCUAGUUCAUUAGUAUUUUGGUAGUAUUGGGUGCUUAUGAAUACAUUGACAGGGGAUACAUCUGGAUUUUAUUUUAUGGAGUUCAUAGAUAUGAUGCCCCUAACAUUGAUGCAUCCAAAGGAAUCACUCCUGUGUUAAUAUAUGGAUGUUUUUUGCACCAGGACAAACUAUUUGUUUUGACUUGAAUAUGAAUUCAAAUAUUAAACUGCAAAUGGGAGUUACAUGCAUUUCACUGUAUCCAGUAUAUUUGACUGCAGUGAAAUGGCAUAUCAGACUUAUUUAUUUCUGAAUGACUCAGGGUAUGUUGACUGGAGAGUGUAGAUCAGUUUUCAAAUAAACGUGAAGUGAAAACUUUCCAAAAAAUAAAAAAAAGAUUCAGGUUACCUGUUGUCUAAGGGAAGCUUUUUGGUCCAAAUGAAUAUAAUAUUGAAUUCGUUGUUAAACCAUGAGGCCCUGGCAAGAUUAAUAAGAGGUACAAACGAUUAUGUGUCAGUUGCCAUUAUUGAAUUGAAGGUUGUUUUUAAUAUUGUGUAAGUGUAAUAUAAAAAAAUACUUUGUUGUUUUUGUUCUGGGGAAUCAAUAUUCAGGUGUAGAUAAGUGCUUUGUCUCCUUUUGCCACAGCUCAGCAGCAGCAGGAUUUGCUCUGUUGUAUUUGCAGUCAUUUGUUUUUCGGGAUCUCACUUUGGCAAUCAGAAUGUAUAUGGUUUAACCUUUGCCUGAUUGCAUUAAUUUAAUGUUUCCACUGUCACUGAACCAUACUGUUUCUUUGUUUCUGUGGUAAAUAUGUUGAGGGAUUUGUUUUUUGUUUGUUUUUAAUGGGACUGUUACAUUGCCUUGUUAUGAUUUCAUUUUUUUUAACACUGCAUUAAAUUACUUUUUUUUUCGGAGGAAGGAAGCUUCCCUUUUUUAAUGCUGAUAUGAAUAUUGUACUUCUCCUACACUCAACCAAUGAUACUGAUGGAGAAGAGAAUUCAUUUUCCCCAUAACAGUUCCUCAGCUAUAGCUUGUUAAUAGGAUAUGUAGCUGCUGGACAUUAAUUGGUACAUAACUUGUUUGUUUUAAAUGGAAAGCCAUGCUUCAUUCCAUGUUAUUAUGCCAGAACAGAGCUCCAUGAGUCUGCCAAAUUCUAGACCAAUGUGUGGCAUUUGGAAACUUGAUUUAACUUACUACUUUACUUUUAAACAGUCCUGUUAAAAAAGGUAUAAACUCCAGUGAAAUACAUUUGCUUGGUAGAAUGUUUCACGAUGCUGUUAUUUAUUCCAUUGUGUGGGUCAUGUUAUGUAACAUACAUUGUUAUAAAUAAAAUGUUUUGUAAUA